AUGGGGAUUGAGAAACCAAACCUAAUAGUCCUGGACUUCAAAGAAUGGUUUGGUAUUCAUAUCGGGAAGGAAGUCCCCCUGAAAGCAACAGGGGUUUGGAAGGCUGCUGAGAAAUCAUCUUCAUUUCUUGUCUCACAGAAAUGGCAGUGCACAGAGGAUGCUUCCGGAAAACUUCGAAUUCACAAGUGUAAGGUGUCUAGCGACAUCCUUGCCAUCAGAAAAAGAACCCGCAGCAUACACUCCCGGGGGUACAGCGGGAAAGACAAAGACUGCAACUGUGGAGAUGCUGAUUACCGAAACAGCAGGACCCAAAGAAAAAAUCAAAGACAGUUCUUGAGAAAUCCUAAUGCGCAAAAAUACAAACCCCGAUUUGUUCACACUCGCCAAACCCGGUCCUUGUCUGUGGAAUUUGAAGGUGAAAUAUAUGACAUAAAUCUGGAAGAAGAAGAACUACAGGUGUUAAAGACCAGAAGUAUCACCAAGCGUCACAAUGCUGAAAAUGAGGAAGAAGCAGAGGCAACUGCUGGUACUGCAGGUGACGCAAUGGUCGCUGAUGGCACUGAUGUUAUAGGUCAACCCAACUCUGUCAGAGUGACACACAAAUGUUUUAUGCUCCCAAAUGACACUAUUCACUGUGAGAGGGAGCUGUACCAAUCUGCCAGAGCCUGGAAGGACCACAAGGCUUAUAUUGAUAAGGAGAUCGAAGCUCUCCAAGACAAAAUUAAGAAUUUGCGGGAAGUUAGAGGGCACCUAAAAAGAAGAAAACCAGAUGAAUGUGAUUGUAGUAAACAGAGCUAUUACAACAAAGAGAAAGGGGUAAAGGCCCAAGAGAAGCUCAAGAGCCAUCUUCAUCCCUUCAAAGAAGCAGCACAGGAAGUGGAUGGCAAACUGCAGCUGUUCAAAGAGAACCGGAGAAGGAAGAAGGAAAGGAAGGGGAAAAAGCGGCAGAAGAAAGGAGACGAGUGUAGCCUUCCUGGGCUGACGUGUUUUACCCAUGACAACAACCACUGGCAAACAGCUCCAUUCUGGAACUUGGGCUCUUUCUGUGCUUGCACAAGCUCAAAUAACAACACUUACUGGUGUUUGCGAACAGUCAAUGACACCCACAAUUUUCUCUUUUGUGAGUUUGCAACUGGCUUCUUGGAAUAUUUUGAUAUGAACACUGAUCCCUAUCAGCUGACCAAUACAGUACACACAGUGGAAAGAGGCAUUUUGAAUCAAUUACACAUACAGCUAAUGGAACUGCGAAGUUGUCAAGGUUAUAAGCAGUGCAAUCCAAGGCCGAAGGGACUUGAAACAGGAAAUAAAGAUGGAGGAAGCUAUGAUCCACACAGAGGACAGUUAUGGGAUGGAUGGGAAGGCUAACCUGCCCAGUUUCACUGGCGACAUUGACUGGCAAGGACUGGAAGACUUGUACAGUGUGAAUGAAAGUGUGUAUGAAUACAGAUACAACUUUAGACUUAGUCUGGCUGACUGGACUAAUUACUUGAAGGAUGUAGAUAGAAUGUUUGCA